AUGGACUCUUCUUUGAUAGACGUGGAAUGCGAGCGGGGAAUUAUCGGCGCACCCAUGUCCUUCUCUCUGCCCCAGGUAUUCCAGAGUUUCCCCCCGGACACGUCUAUCACCGUGUCUCUCAACGAGUCGACUGGCCAGCACCAGCAGCAGCAACUGCAACACCAGUCUCCAUACUCCCAGCAGUCGCUAGGACACUUUCACAAGACGCCGCUUCAGCUCGCACCGCAAUACGGAACGGCUAGGUCCCCAUCAAAGGAGGGAGAUGCAGGCAUUGAAGGGUGGAGCAACAGCGGUUCCUCCGGGGUGCAGCCCAAUGUCCCGGUCUCCGCAGCGCAAACCACGGAAGAGGCGAGCGGGGCCGUGACAUCCGCAGACGCUCGGGUUGCCGCUAGUCACGUGCCGCAACCCGAUGCUCUCCAUCCCAAUCCCAUCGUUAGCGUCGCCGCAUCCGAGUCUCCUGCCGCCGCGGCACCGGAAAAAGAGGAAUCGCCAGAGCGCGUCCACGUUCUAGUUGUCUUCGACAAGGUGUUCUGUGUUUGCUUUGUGCCGGCGGCGCUGCGCGCGACACUCAAGGUUGGCGAGCUGGUUCUCUGCGAGUACACACACGGCGAGAAUAUCGGCACCAUUGUCGCGGACGUGAGCACCAUCGUUGCCAAGGUGAUGCAGCAGCACCAAAGCACCAUGAGCAUGGAAGCAGUUGAGCAGGCCUUCACUCCGCCGUGUGAGCGCAUCGUACGCACUGCCGGCACCCCCGCUUCCUCCGUAGUUGAAGGGCACUCGAGUGGCUUGUUUGUCGCGACAACGGCCAUGUGCACCGAAAAAGCUCGCAGCGGCUUGCCGGCGGAUCAACGACUGCGCCGCCUUCCGUGCGUCCUUCGGCGCGGCACGAACCGAGACAAGAAACGUAUGUACUUCGCGCGACUUCGCAGCAAUGAUGCACUGGCUGCUGUGCUCCGCAUUCUCCGCAGCGAGUCGUUGGUCGCACAGUCCGCCGAGUAUCAGGUGAACUUCGCGUGCGUCACCAUCUAUCUCGGUGGUGAGCGCAGUCAGUGCGGCUGGUCGGCACAUCAGUUUCAGCAGCUCGGCAACACGCUGGUCGACCCUCUGCGCUCAGAGGCGGUGGAGUUCCGCUUCGUGUGCGACCACCACCAUGAGGAACUCGACCUGACGCGCGCCAUUACUGGUUUGGGGCUGAGUGAGAUUCUGUACGCUGUGGUUGCGGAUCACCACAAACGUCAAAGCGGUAAAGGCGGACAAGGCAGCCGUGGUGGAGCCCCAAACGGAGCGGCCGUCAACCGACCGGGUCAGUUGAUUCAGCACUCGCAGCAGCAGCAGCAGCAGCAACAGAAGGCCGGGCAACUGUUCGGUAGUCAGUCGAGUAUCGUGACGACCUACACAGGCUCUUCGAUGUGGCCGCAGUCAGCGGCAGCUCUUACCCCAGGCAACUACGUUACGCCGGCCUCACCGCAGCAGAAACACGCAAUGAGCUACACACUUGCUCCCUGCGUGUACGUGCCCCAGCAGCAGCAGCAGCAGCAGACGAAUGUGCACACCAUUACCCUCCCUAGCCAAACCGUCACGAAUACACAGCCAGCCACACAGUCCCUUUCCUUGGUGCAGGUGCACUACCCGCCCAUAAGCCAAGUGAACCCAGCACCGGGCAUAUACUGGGCAAACGUCUCGACGCCGCCUCAACCGCAGCGAUUGGAGGCACAGCAGCAGCAGCUUUCUAUCGCACACAGUGGAGUGGCGGAGCCGACUUACUACUAUGUAGUGAGCUCGGCACAGCAGCCGCAGCAGCAGCAGUCCGUCGCACCGCAACACUCGUCGGCGCCACAAAGGGGACCAAAUUUACUGCAGGCAACAACGCUCGCCGCCCCUUCCCAUGUUCAGCAACCAACGUUUGUCAAAGUGCCUGUUAUGAACACAGGGAGCUACCAGACAGUCUCCUACCCGUUCGUGCUGCCCUCAAACGCUACUUCUUACUCGUAG